AUGGCGGCGACUGGCAUCUAUUUGUUUGGGCUCAAGAACACCUCGUUUGCUGUGGCAUGGCCACAGCCGUUCCCAAGGGCCGAGUCGGCGCAUGGAAGCACGCCCUCCUGGGUACUGCCUGUGAACUCCUUUUGGUUUCAGGGGAAUAACCAACAGACUGUGAAUCCUAGCCUCCUGGUCGUCUCGCCUCCAAUGGAGGGACCUGGUUUGGGGACUUCUCCUGCUGCGACUGCCGUGGCGAAGUGGGCAAGCCUUACACACCCCCUUGGCGCCUCCUCGUGGGGCCUCCUCGCUCUUGCGCUCAGCCUUCCCCCCUUGGCCGACCUCCUCUGUUGGAGCGUUGGCUUCUGGUUCUUCCUAUCGGGAGACGUCAGGCAACAGCAGCUCUUCUCCAUGACGGUCGCCGCAACAAUGCCGAAGCACAUCGUCGUGUAUCUCUUCUUCCUUGUGAAUGGGGCAUCUCUGCGCGUCGCAUUCUUCGGAAUGGUGGAGUUGCUUGCCGUGGCGGCGCUAAAACUACUCCUGUGCACCUUGGCCGCCAUGUACGCCUCCCGAAUUGAAAGCCCUGAAAGCCCUUCCUCCACCUCCACGAAGGAGUCGGAUUUGCUCUCCUCAAUUGCCAAAGAAUGCGAAGAGGCCGCCGAUGUUUGUAACUGUCAUCCGUUCGAGGGGUGUAGUUGA